AACUCUCCUCUCCUUGGCUCUCAGAACUCCUCACAAGAUGCUCGUGAAGACGAUAGUACUGGGUGCUAUUGCCAGCCUCGUCGCUGGUCAUGCGGGGCACAAUCAUGGUGAGAAGUACGAACAGAAGAAGUUUGUAGGCGAGACGAAAGAGGACUUGGACGCCAAAUGGGGCACAGACUGGGGUUUCAGCGGCAUCAGUACCUUUGCCCAUCUGCCACAUACAAGAUGUCUCCAGAAUCCAGAUCAAGAAUUCGACAUUGCUAUCCUAGGUGCCCCAUUUGAUACCGCAGUUACCUAUCGACCAGGAGCCAGAUUCGGCCCACGAGCUAUCCGAGCUGCUGCUGGCCGUCAAACAGCUUUCCGUGGCUACAAUCCUCGAGCUGGAAUCAACCCAUACCAAAGCUGGGCGGAGGUAAUCGACUGCGGAGACAUUCCCAUCUCUCCCUUCGACAAUGCUCUCGCACUUCGCCAGAUGACGGAAGCCUUCACAAACCUGGCUCACAGCACAGCUCCCAAGCACAAUGCGAAUUCGAAGAUCAAGUAUCGUAAUACUCCCAAGCUGCUGACGUUGGGAGGUGAUCAUUCGAUUGCCUUGCCAACGCUACGAGCUUUGAAUCAGAUCUACGGGCCCGUGGCAGUCGUUCACUUCGACGCACAUCUCGAUACAUGGCACCCAGCAAAGUAUCCUUCGGCCUGGAUCGACUCCUCCAACCCCAACGAGCAAUCCUUCUUCACCCACGGCACCAUGUUCUGGGUAGCCCACAAUGAGUCCUUGAUCCGCAAAUCCUCCUCCGUCCACGCAGGCCUUCGAACCCGCCUCUCCGGCCCAGAAGACAACGACGACGACACAGAACAAGGCUGGACAAGAAUCGCCUGCGAUGACAUCGACGACAUCGGAACCAAAGGCGUUGUCGAAAAGAUCCUCUCAGUCGUCGGAACCGAAACUCCAGUCUACCUGUCUAUCGAUAUCGAUGUGAUCGACCCCGGCCUCGCACCAGGCACUGGCACCCCCGAACCGGGCGGCUGGACGACCCGCGAGCUCAUCCGCGUGCUCCGCGGGAUUGAGAACUUGAACGUCGUUGGUGCAGACGUUGUCGAAGUCUCUCCAGCAUAUGAUGGAACGGGCGAAGUAACAGCUCUGGCCGCCGCACAGAUCGCGUUCGAAAUCCUAACGAGUAUGGUCAAGAAGGGAUUAAUUGGCGAUGAGGGAGCGGCGAAGCAGGGACGCGAUGAGUUGUAA